CUUAUCAAAAGGUCACAAGGGUGUCCGUAGGGACAAUGAUGCCACAGCUUCAAUGGGCAUUAGCUUGUGGCAUCUCAUCACAAUGGUCCACCGAGAGAGCUACGCCGCUGCUUGGGUAUUCGGACAGCCCUCAAGAGUUAAGGUGGUUGUCGCGUGAAAUUGCGACUGUAAGUCCCUUGGUAUAUCGAUUUGAAGUUUAUUGUGCCAGUCAAUCAUUGACUAGUCAACAAGAGGCGGAAGCCUGCGUAAAAUUCCAAUCUCGACACGAUCAAGUUUCAAUCAAAGCGUCCUUCAGUGCUAAACAUGGGUUAGAAAGGAGUCUAUUAAUAACAUCUAUUCACACGCUGCUAACGAUUUCCGGGCAAGCGUCGCAUGCCAAUCUACUGUUGAACAACCCUUCGCCUUGUUUUGGGGCUGGCGAGUGUGCGCCUUAGAGUUCCUGGGCUAAGGCACCCGACAAUGACGUGUCUUUAGUCGACUGCCACUUCGUCUCGAUACUUUACCGCCAAUUCAUUCGGAUUACGCAGAGGAGGUGAGAACCAGAGAUGAGUCUGCGGAUGCAAUACUCAGAAAGCUACAAAAUGUG